CUUUAUUUGAAUAAUCAAUCACCUUUUAACAACAAUGGCCUACGAAAACGUUUACCUCAAGAAAGCUCGCUAUGGUAAGGACCUCGUCCGCCUCUUGAGAGUCUACAGAGAAGAAAACAUUCAACACUGUACCGAACUCACUGUCAGACUCUUGUUGGAAGGUGAUAUUGAAACCUCUUACACCAAGGCUGAUAACUCUUGCGUUGUCACCACUGAUACUUGCAAGAACACAGUCAACGUCCUCGCCAAGCGCAGCCAAAACGUCGACAACAUUGAAGUCUUUGCUCAAGAAAUCACCACUCACGUUCUCAAGCAAUACGCCCACAUCUCUGGCGCUUUCGUUGACAUUGUCAAGCACAAGUGGACCCGUUUGAUUGUUGACGGUAAGCCUCAUCCUCACUCCUUUGUCCGUGAUGGUGAAGACAUUCAAACCACCAGCGUCAAGCACUACCGUGCCGGUAACGAAGUCCACAUCACCUCUGGUCUCGACAAGCUCCUUGUCCUCAAGACCACCGGUUCCGCUUUCCACGGUUACUACGUCGAUGAAUACACCACCCUCGAACCCACUUGGGACCGUAUCUUCUCUACCUCUGUUGACUGCAAGUGGACCUUUGUCUCCAAGAACCCCGCUGUUCUCCGUGACAUUGACUACAAGGCCAUCCACGCUGGUGUCAAGCAAAUCACCUGCGACACCUUUGCCAAGGAUGACUCUGCUUCCGUCCAAGCUACUCUCUACCUCAUGCAACAACAAAUUCUCGCCAAGUUCCCCUCUGUUGCUGAAGUCUCCUAUGCUUUGCCCAACAAGCACUACGUUGGUGUCGACAUGAGCAAGUUCAACAUUGACAACAAGGGUGCCAACAUGCACGUCUACCACCCUCAAGCCGAUCCUUCCGGUUACAUUACCGCCACCGCUGCCCGCAAGGAUGCCAAGUUGUAAAGGCCCCACUCUCUCUCUCUCUCUCUUUCCUCGCCCCUUUUUAUUUAUAACACAUUUCUCUUUUUAAAGGGCCUCUACUCCAGGAGAUAAGGCCUUUUCUUUUUUUUUCCCUCUCCCCCCCAUUGACGAGAAAAAGCGUUUAUCAAUUGAUCCCAAACUGUAUUUUUAGUAAAAUCGAUUUUCAAUGAAUAAAUAAAUAAAAAAAAAAAAGGGGGGCAUUUUUUGCUCCCCUUUUUUUUUGUUGAAUAAUAACUACACAUUUUUUUUUUUUUUUUU